AUGGCACCCAACGUUUACGAUCAAGAUGUAGCCGACGUUAGCUGGGCAUGGCGCAUUAUAUCAAGUGUUAUAGGCUGGAUCUACUUUGCAGCCUGGUCCUUUAGUUUUUAUCCGCAAGCGAUAUUAAACUGGAGACGUAAAAGUGUACAAGGGCUAUCAAUCGAUUUCCUAUAUUACAAUGUGCUAGGAUUUGGCUGUUACUCGAUUUUUAAUAUUGCAUUCUUUGCAAGUGAAGAAAUCCAGGAAGAGUAUAGACGAAGAAACAACGGUAGCGAAAACCUCGUGCGUAUCAACGACGUAGUAUUCGCUGUCCAUGCAUUAGCUAUAUCCUCCUUUACACUAUCUCAAACAUUUUAUUAUAAGAGAAGCCCGAACCAAAAGGCUUCACUUCCGGCUCGGGGCAUGAUGUGGUUAUCCAUUCUAGGCGCAUUCCUUGUGAUCCUUGCCGUCAAGUCUGGCCAUGCAUUGUGGAUUGAUUUUAUGUACUAUCUAAGCUAUAUCAAGUUAAGCGUCACGAUUAUCAAGUACUUGCCUCAGGUGUGGAUCAACUUUAAACGAAAAUCAACCGUUGGUUGGAGUAUACAUAAUAUUCUCUUGGACUUCACGGGUGGCCUUCUUUCCGUGGCCCAGCUUUUAUUAGAUGCCUAUCUAAGUGGUGACUGGAGUGGUGUAUCUGGGGAUCCCGUGAAAUUUGGUUUGGGCUUUGUAUCCAUUUUCUUUGAUUUGCUGUUUAUGACACAGCAUUAUAUCCUGUACCGGGAUCGAACGGAUUAUUUCCUCAAUACUGUCGAAGAAGAGCGACGAAGGUUAAUAGCAGAGGGUCGUGUUCCUCGUGACGAAAAUGAAGUUUAG